GGCAUUCUUAGAUGCUAGUGUUUUCUGUCAUAACUAUGCAAACAUUUGAUUUCAAACACAGUAUAAUAACUAUUAAACCAUUUCUUAUUAUGAUGUUAUUUAUGUUAUGAUUUUGUUAUGACAUAUAGCACAAGUGCGCUCAUGGUGACCUGAGUUCGAUUCCCGUCUUGAGGUCCUUUGCCGAUCCCGCUGCCCUCUCUCCUCCCAGCUCUUUCCUGUCAUCUCUUUACUUGCCUAUCACAAUAAAAGGCAUAAAAAGCCCAAAAAUCUGUUACAGAUCUGUCUUCAGGUGAUAAAGAUGAAAUGGGUUAUGGUGUUCUGAUUGGAUUUUUUGUUGCAACUGUAGCAGUUUCUGUGUUGUACUGUUGGUGCCUACGUUCUCCACUAAAAAAUGAAUACGAGCCAAAGGUGGUUCAGAUGGGAGAUCCUCUUAUUCUUAAAACUGAUGCUAAAGUACACACACAUGUUCUGAUACAGUGGCUACAUAAAAACACUCUCAUCGCUACAAUCAGUGGACUGACCAGAAAGUUCUCCAUAUAUGAUGAAGUUCUUAAUGGCAAAUUCAAAGACAGGCUGAACCUAGACAAAAAAACUGGAUCUCUGACCAUCACAAACAUCACAACUGAACAUAAUGGACAAUAUACAUUAAAGAUUAUAAAAGGCUGCCGUGUUUCAUUCAGAUUUUUUGGUGUUACUGUGUAUGAUACAUUUAAGCCAGUGCCAGUGGAUAAGAAAAAAACUAUCAGUCUACCAUCUGAUCUUACUGAAAUAAAUGAAGAUGAUGUGAUACAGUAUUUUUUUGGACACAGUGCUGAACCCAUAGCUCAAAUCUAUGGAAAAGAAAGGCCUACAUAUUAUAAUGAUGAGAGAUUCACAGGCAGACUGAAAAUAGAUCAGACGGGAUCUCUGACUAUCACAGAUGCCAGAACCACAGACUCUGGACUUUAUGAACUACACAUUUUCAGAUCUGAACGAAAAAUGGCAAAGUUAUUCAGUGUUACUGUCUCUGACUCCACUACAAACAGGACAGAUGCGAUAAACAUGCCUUUAUUGAGUUAAGUCAAUUUCAACAACUUCAGUAUGCAAUGACUGUAACAUCAUUCAAAAUAAAUCUAAAUCAUAUUUCUCCUCAUGAGCCUGAAAUCCCAAGUAUGAAGAUUCUCUUGAAAUUAACCAAUGUGCUGUUAAGCAGUUAACAGUAAAACAUAACGUCUUUAAAUAUUACAAUAAAUGUAAAAAUAUUUCAUUUAAUAUUAAGUUAAAGAAUAUACACAUUGAUCUUUAUAAUAAUUCUCAUCUUUAUUUGAUCCUUUAAUGUAAAACAAAUAAACAUCACUUUUCAUACCUGUUGCUCUAUUCAUAUCAUGCUAAUUGAAUGAAAUACUUGCUGUUUCUACAGGUAUUAAUUGAAAUAUCUCAUGAGAAAUAUGUAUAAAUUGUAUCAGAUGUAUCUAUGUGGCACUCUUCAACCUUUUUUUUUCUAGAAGUUUGUAGAAAUACACAAGUUUGUGUUUAAUUGAAGAACUGCCCAUUGUCAUACUAACUGUUACACUCUGUGAAAACUCUGUAUGAUGCUUUUCUUGCUGAAAUUAUCUGCACAUUUAUAAAAAAAAGAAUUAGUAUUAUAUUGCUUUUCUUUGCUUGUAUUGUAAUCUGUAUAUUAUUUUAUGCUAUACGACAUAAUUGCAUUUAUAUUCCAUUUGAAGGAUCGGAUGAUCCUCAAAUGCAAACUGUGUGUGUUUUGCCCCAGAGCAACCAUAGAUUUGUGUUGUGUUUUGCUUUCUCUUUAUAUAUUCUUCAUAUAUUCUUUAUUCAUUUAUAAUCAUUCAAUCAUUUUAUUAUUCCAUGUAAUCAUAUAAUCAUUUAUAAUAAUCAUUAUAUUCAUUUAUGUAUUCAUUUUGUUGAUUCUUAAUUGAUUAGUCAUUUAUAUUAUAUUAUAGUUGUUUUUUUUAUAUAUUUUUUCCAUUGUUGUUUAGUCUUAUGAUUGUGUGGCUUCAAGGGCUGUUUUUUCUUCAUGAAUAAGAGAUACAAGGGAAUGUUUAUGGAAACUCAAGGUUUAUGGGAUGUUGUUGUGAACCAGUUUGGUAUAACAAUACUUGUUGGAUUUUGUUCUCCACACAAAGUCUGAGCAUUAAGACAUACGCAACUAAGACUAUUCAAAAAACUUUGCUCCUUUUUACCAUCAUACUUUGUCUCCUGCUUCUGCCCUUCACUUUCACUGGUUUUUCUUCAGUCAACUUCUUGGCUGACAGAAGACUGUUAGUAGUGUUUGGGGUAUUUUGGGUACCAGACAAGACCUCCUGUUAACAGGGUUUGGGUAUUAGACCUCUCUGCUGACAAGUUGUUCUGAUACUGGACAAACUGAUAUUUUCUGACGGGAUCUGGCAUCCGGGGCUGGAUCUUAAUUGUGUAGGCAUGGAGACAAAGAUCUAACAAAUUCAUCUAUAUUUUAUAUUGUCAGAGGUGAAUUUGCCCAUCUGUCUCUCUGAUCAUGAUCAGAUCUCUGAUGUGAAUGCAAAAUAGUAAAAUGUGAUACUCCAUUAAUAAUUUAGCUCUGUUUUAUACCUUACUGA